CACAGUUAUUACUCUUCUUGUUAUGGUUUCACCUAAGGGCAUAAGCUGAUAAUGGAAUCCACUAAUGGCGGCUGCAGAACUCACCGCCGGCGGCUUUCUGUUUAAGUCUUGACCGCUUCGAUGUUUGGUGCCAGUUCUAAGCUCCCGGAUAUUGCUUUCAACAAAUUUACACUCGUUCAUUCAGGAGUUCUCAUCCCUUCCAUCGGGAUUCAGGAAAGAAAGAGAAUAGAUCAGAUCAACCAGAGAAUACAAUAAGCAUUCGGUAAUUGUCAAUCCACUGUAAGCAUUUCUUUAUCAAAGUCUUUGAAUAAGUUUAUCUUCUCAGGCAUUAUUAGUUUACAUUAUCACAUGAUUAGGAAAGCAUUAUUCCACCGAAUGAAAGCCAAAUUGCCAAGUCGUUUUCAAUUGAGUUGUUGACGCUGAAGACCUUUUUUGGUUCUAGGUCUAGCAUUCCUUAUGAUUCCUGCCCCCAGCGCCAUCACUGGAGUCAUUUUUAAAGCAUUUUACAAUGACUUAACAUCAUUGGUUCGUUAGUGGAGGCCAGCUUGCUUGCCGGAUUCACAUGAUCAGGUAUUUGAAUAUUCUGUAAAUGGUCUUCUGCCCAAGUCUUUUUUUAAUGAAUAAAAGUUGUUUUCAUCGAAUGAUUCAAUUGCUCUGCUAUGCUAUCACAUGAGGUGGGAGAUUACAAUAUAAUAUUGAUUAGGUACGAUGAACCUUUGGAAAUGUCGUUGACAUUUUGAUCUGGGUUGGACUUUGGAGAUUCCUUGGUUCAUAACUCUUCAAUUUUCUCAUCCUGAUCCCCUGUUCUCUUGCUCCAGCUCCACUGUUUCUUCUGCCUGGAUUUCCCUAAGAUGGCUGCGGAAACCAUUCUGAUCCCUCUUGCUAAACAAAUCCUCGGCAAGGCAGCCGACUUGGCCUUGGAGCAGAUUGGACUCCUCUGGAAUUUCAGACGUGAGCUCCGGAAACUGAAGGGCACCGUCUCCAGAAUCCAGGCUGUGCUCCGUGAUGCAGAAAAGAAGCAGUUCCACAACCACCAAGUCAAAGACUGGCUCGAGAAGCUCUCCGAUGUCAUGUACGAUGCUGACGAUCUGCUUGACGACCUCGCUACCGAGGCUCGUAGGAAUGCCUUGCUAGCGGCAGCAGUAGCAGAUGAUGAUACUAGUGGAAGGAGCAGGACGUCAGCAACGACAUGUUGGAGUUUGGUAUGCUUUCUGUUCGCCUCACUUCCUCAACAACUCUGGUACGAUCUUAAGAUGGCUCAUGCUAUCAAAGAUAUUAGGGAGAAACUUGAUGAUAUAUCCAAUGACAAGGAGACCUUGGACCUGGAAGUUCAUACUAUUGAGGAGGAAGGUCUUCCUUCCAGAGAGACCGAUUCAUGCCCGCCCACGAUUGUGGUCGGUAGGGAAGAUGACAAGAAGAAUAUCAUUCAACUACUACUGAAUUCCAACCGUGAAACCAAUAUUUCUGUUGUCCCAAUUGUUGGGAUGGGCGGACUGGGGAAGACUACUCUUGCUCAGCUCGUAUUUGAUGACGAUCAAGUCAAGGCUCAUUUUGAUAUCAAUGCUUGGGUCUAUGUUUCACUUAGCUUUGAUGUCAAAGUGAUUCUUGGUAAGAUGCUACGAUCAAUAGAUCGUCAAAUUCAGGGUGGUUUCGAGUUAGAUGAUUUGCAAGCUCAACUCCGAGAAAAAAUCAGAGGCAAGAGGUUUUUAUUCGUAUUAGAUGAUGUCUGGGAGGAGACCAGCUAUAGUUGGGAGACACUGGGAAAAUAUUUGACGAUUGGUGCUCUUGGAAGCAAAGUGCUGGUGACUACUCGAUCCACAAAAGUGGCGGAGGUUGGCGGUGGAGCUCUGAAGUCGGAAACAAAUGCCAGCAUUGUGGAACCUUAUCUCUUGAAAAGCUUGUCAGAAGAAGAGUGUUGGAACUUAUUGGUGAAAAAGGCCCUCCCAAGGAAAGUCCCACGAGACCCACAAGUUCGAGAAAUCGGGAAUCAAAUAUUGAGGAAAUGUGAUGGAGUUCCUCUCGCUGUGAGCACCAUAGCUGGCGCGUUGGUAGAUUCAAGUGAUCCAAAGACCGAUUGGCCGUCUUUUCUACAAAAGGGCCUUUGGAGCAUCAUCAAAGAAGGAGAAGAAGAUCCUACUAUGUCAGCUCUCCUACUUAGUUUCAACCAUCUCCCUUCCUAUAUGAAACAUUGUUUUACUUAUUGUACAUUGUUUCCCAAGGGUUUGGAACUCCCCAUUAAGUUGUUGGUCCAGUUUUGGGUAGCACAAGGGUACGUCGAGUCGGAAGAUAAAGGCUUUGACUGCUUCAGAACGUUGUGGUGGAGGUCAUUCUUCCAAGAGGUGCAAAUGGACGAGCUGGGGAAUAUAUCACUAUGCCGAAUGCACGAUUUGAUGCACGAUCUAGCUGAUUCAAUCGCGGCAGGAAAAAUUGUAAGAAGUUCGAGUUCAACCAUUCUGAAAAGUAUUCCUUCAAAGACUCGUCACUUGUUGAUAUUGGAUAACAACAGUGAUGAUGUGGGGGUGGAGGACUAUGGUGAUAUGCAACGAGAUGCACGUAAAGUGCGAACUCUUAUAUGUGGAAAAUCUCUUUCGAACAAAGAACUUGAGGAAGUCAUUCACAACUUCUUACACCUGCGCGUACUGGUUGUUGCCGAAAAACAUUCAAACUCAAAUGGUGAAGAAAGUUCUAUCUUUGAUGCUUCUACAUUAUUGAGUUCUCUUGAUAAAUUGAAGCAUUUAAGAUACCUUGCUCUUCAAUGUGCUGGAAGGAAAAAGCUUUCAAACUCGGUCACUAACUUAGUAAAUCUGCAAGUGCUAAAGCUCACGAAUGUUUGGUUGUUAGAAGAAUUGCCGAGGGAUACUAAGAUGCUUGUUAAUCUGAAGCAUCUUGAGGUCAUUGGUUAUGAAGGCGCGAGGCUUCCUAAUUGGUUGUCUGGCCUCAUAAAUUUGGUUGAGUUUUUGGUAAAAGAUUGCAAGCAAUGUGAGUACCUCCCGCUACUUCAUCGAAUGUCUAGUUUGAAGAAGCUGAAAAUUGAAGGUUGUCCAUUGUUGAAAGGCAUCGAUAAUGACGGUGAUCAUUUUAAGUCUUCUACCUACAACAUAACAACAAGAUCAUUGAUAGUGGAAGAAGAGUAUUGUGAUUGGCCUAGGUUUCCUUGUCUUGACUACUUGUGCAUUAAGGAUUGCACAAUGCUAACUCAACUGCCCAUGUCUACUGUUGAAGGCGAGCUGGAGUUGGAAAAUGUGAGCUUGGCACCACUUGCUAGGGUCUUGAAGAUGAGGAGAGGGGGAGGAGGAGGUGGUGUUGAUUAUUCGGAUGGAUACGCAUACGAUGAUACAAAUAUUCAUCCUCUUCUUCCUGCUUCUUCUACUUAUUCUUCAGUCUUGAUCCACCCCCUCUCCAAGAUGACUAGGUUGACCUUAUGCAAAAUCGAUGAUGAUCUUGAAUCCCUUCCGCAUCUUGAUUUGAGCAGUUAUCUCAUCUCUCUGCGGCAGUUGAGGGUUCUUAGAUGCAGUCAAGGUGUGAAGCUACCUGGUUCGUUGUGUUCCAGCAUAUGCUUAACAGAGAUCUUGUUAUAUGAGUGCAGAACAAUAGAGUACCUGCCACCCCUACACGAACUCCCAUGUCUGAGGGUGCUAAGUAUUGAGUAUUGUCGGGAGCUAAAGGGAUGCUGGUGGAAGAAGAAGAAGGGGAAUAAUGAUGAUGAUGAUGAUGGUGAUGAUUCUCAUUAUUAUAAUUUCGAUCCUUCAAAGGAUAUAGAUGGAGAGGACAAUGGAGGUGAGGAGACGGAGGAGUGGCCGCAUUUCCCUCGCCUCUCCAGGUUGGCGGUCACAGAAUGCCCAAAGCUGACUCGGAUGCCUCUAUUUCCAACCAUUGAAGGCGAGUUGAGGCUGCAGUUUACCAGCACACAGGCACUAGUGCGGACAAUGAAGAUGAAACCAGUAGUUGAUCAUCAUUAUCUUGACUCUCCACAACAUUCUACUUCUUCUUCGAUGAGUGCUUCUCUUGUCCCUCCUCUCUCUAAGUUGAAGCAUUUGUUCCUUGUUGCGACCGACUUGGAAUCUCUACCAGAAGAAGGCCUCCGCAACCUCACCUUCCUCGAAAAGUUAUCGAUUUACUGGUGCCAAAGCCUGGCAUGUCUGCCUCCGGCAAUGCAACACCUCACCUCUUUACAAAGUUUAAGCAUUUGGGACCUCGCACAGUUGUUAGAAAGAUGCGAGGAGGAAGAUUGGCCCAACAUUUCUCACAUCCCAUACAUCCAGCUCAAUGGGAAGACACUCCAAGGUCCAAGUUCGGGGUUCCUUUCAUGAGAUCGAUUUCACAUCCGCUUCUUUAAAGUUAACUAGUAUCAAUACCCACUGCUACGCCGCGGGGACUAUUUAAUAUUUAUACAUUCUAUUUAAGCAAGAUGAUUCAAUUCUCUUUUUAUCUAUGAAACAUUAAUUCCAUCAAAACAGGUAUCAUAAAACUCGUAUAAAGCUAGUCUAUUAUG